AAGAAACAUCCAGCAAAGAGCAAACAAAUUUCCACUAGUGUUAUUACUUCAUCCCAGAAAAACAGAAGAAUAGAACUGAGAGAGAUUUUGUAAGAAACAUUUGUUCACAACCUCAAAACAACAAAAAGAUUCAACAGAUGAAACAGCCUCAAAGAAGAUGAUGCCAUUCAAGAACAUCACCACACGUUCACCUUCACCUUGUAGUAUCCCAUCUCUCUUCAUUUCCCUAUCUAUACUCACCAUUUUACCACUCUCUCUUUUCUUUUUCCAUUCCUCAUCAAUCCCAAAUCCACAAAUCAAGAACCUUCAAACAUCAUCCAAUUCCAUUAAAGUUUACAUACCAGAUCUUCCAAGAUCUCUCAACUAUGGCCUAUUAGAAAAAUACUGGUCUUUAAAUCAAGAUUCAAGAAUUGGGAGUGAAGUGGAUAAUGAAAUAAGAAAAACCCAUGUUCUUAAAAGUUCAAGAAAGUUCCUUCCUUAUCCAGAAAACCCAAUAAUUAAACAGUAUAGUGCUGAGUAUUGGAUCUUGGGUGAUUUAGUGACACCUGAAAGUUUAAAAAUUGGAUCUUUUGCUAAAAGGGUGUUUAGUGUUGAGGAAGCUGAUGUGAUUUUUGUUCCUUUUUUUGCAACAUUGAGUGCUGAGAUGCAGUUGAUUGUGAAUAAAGGUGUGUUUAGGAAGAAAGAAGGGAAUGGGGAUUAUGAGAGACAAAGAAUGGUUGUGGAUUUUUUGAAGAAAACUGAGGCUUGGAAACGAUCUGGUGGACGUGAUCAUGUGUUUGUUAUUACUGACCCUGUUGCAAUGUGGCAUGUGAAGGCUGAGGUUGCUCCAGCUGUUCUCCUGGUGGUUGAUUUUGGUGGGUGGUACAAGCUUGACUCUAAAGCGUCUAAUGACAGCUCAUCAUCUGACACGAUACACCACACUCAAGUUUCAUUGCUGAAGGAUGUAAUUGUGCCUUAUACUCAUCUACUUCCCCGUUUGCCCUUAUCUGAAAACCAGAAACGAGAAACUCUUCUUUACUUCAAAGGAGCUAAACAUAGGCAUCGGGGAGGCAUCGUUCGGGAAAAGCUAUGGGACUUGCUAAUAAAUGAACCCAGAAUAGUGAUGGAGGAAGGCUUUCCAAAUGCAACUGGAAAGGAACAGUCUAUAAAGGGAAUGAGAACUUCAGAGUUCUGCUUGCACCCUGCAGGGGACACACCAACCUCAUGCCGACUUUUUGAUGCCAUUCAAAGUCUUUGUAUUCCUGUCAUUGUUAGCGACAACAUUGAGCUGCCAUUUGAGGGGAUGGUGGAUUAUUCAGAAUUUUCGGUGUUUGUUGCAGUUAGUGAUGCCCUGCAGCCAAGUUGGCUCGUGAACCAUCUUAGGAGCUACUCCGACGAGCAAAAGGAUACGUUUCGCCGUAAUAUGGCUAGGGUACAGCCCAUUUUUGAGUAUGAAAAUGGUCAACCAGGUGGUAUUGGUCCUAUAUCUCCCGAUGGUGCUAUUAAUUACAUAUGGAAAAAGGUUCACCAAAAACUGCCCAUGAUUAAAGAAGCUAUUAUCCGUGAGAAGAGGAAACCUCCUGGUGUCUCAGUUCCGCUUCGUUGCCAUUGUUCUUGAUAAGUUCAUUUAUUCUUUUUUAUUUGUCUUGCUUCAAAAGGUAAUAUAACAUGUAUUUUACAUGCUUCAUACUUACAUGAAGGAACUAGUCUAGAUUA